AUUUCUAAAUAACACCUCCACCUACAUAGUGAGAAACAUCCAUCUCUGAUAUAUCCAUCUAUAGUAGAAUCUCCAUUGUGAGAGAGUGAACCUGCACUUUACUCAUCACCUGGGAAGCCUUGAUGAUGUUCGUCUUAGGUCUCCUGUCAAAGGCUGCAAGCCUACUGGCUACUGGUCUUGGCCUGCUGCUAGCAUGGGCAGUCUAUUACCAGUUCUCCACGACAAAAAUGCCUCCUGGGAUUUGUCAGCCUCUAAAGAUCAGAAUCCUGCACAUCUUCCUGACCAUGGCUUUUGGUCUGGGUCACAUUUUAUGGAAAAUUGGUAUUUGUAGUGAAUUUGCCUUUAUAAGGAUCAUCACAGAUGGACUACCUUCAAAGAAAGAUGAAAAGCUCUCCAUCAAGAAUACAUACUUUGAAGAUGUACCAGUGAGGAUCUACCAUCCCAAAAUAUCCUCUCCUGAGAAAAGGAAGGGAAUCCUAUUCUUCCAUGGAGGAACUGGUGUAAUUGGGAGCAUUGAUGCCUAUGAAAAUAUGUGCUCUUACUUAGCUUGGAAAAGUGACGUUGUGGUUGUUUCUGUUGGGCAACAUCUUGCUCCUGAGUACCGAUACCCCAUGCAGUUCUGUGAGUGCUUCACUGCCACCGAAUUCUUUAUGAAAAAUGCAGAGCACUAUGGGGUCAAUCCCACUGAUAUUGUUAUUAUCGGGGAUAACCUGGGAGGAACACUUGCUGCAUUUGUGAGCCAAGAGCUGGUGAAGAGAAAAGACCUUCCCAAACUUCGCGCUCAGAUUUUGGUUGGCCCUUUCCUCCAGGCUCUGGAUUUCAAUUUGCUUUCUUAUCAGCAAAACCGAUUUGUCCCUAUUGUGUCCCAGGAAUUUCUUGUAAAUUAUCUGUUACGGUACAUCACAAAGAACAAGACAGUGGUGGACUUUGCCAUUGAGGAAACUCACAUCCCUGAGGACAGGAAGAAGAAGUACCACAAAUGGUUAAAUUCAGACAAUAUUCCCAUGAAAGUGAAACAGAGAGGCAAAUAUACAGAGUUACAGCCACCAACUAACCCUUUUGACAAUAUCCAGUGCUUAAUGAAAGCUGUAGCAGAAACUACCUUGUCCCCACUUUUAGCUGAAGAUGCCGUCUUACAACAGCAGCCUGACACUUUCAUUUUGACCUGUGAAUUUGAUGUGCUGAGAGAUGAUGGCCUUUUGUACAGGAAACGGUUGGAGGACAAUGGUGUCCGUGUCUCCUGGUGCCACCUCAAGGAUGGGUUUUAUGGUGUGCUUCUCCAUUUCAAUCGUUGGUUUCUAAAUUUUACAUUUGCCCAAAGGGGAGUAGACAGUGUAGCCAAUUACAUCAACAGUCUAUAGACCUGUAGUAAUUAGUAUAUGAAUUAAUGUAUCCCCUAGAAUUGAGAGGGGACAUUCUUCUAUUUCCCAGUAAUAUAGAAGUUUCCUUCUCCUUCUCUUUUGCAAAAGCUAUUAGUAGGGUGAUAGGCAAGGGGACAUAGGGUUGU